UCCUCCGGACCGGGCUGAUGAUGGAUGGGGAUGUAUGUGUCCGGUUCAUGGGUGCUGGAUGUGCCCGGCUGCAGCGUGGGAAGCUCUCGGUGUGGAGGCGGAGGAGGAGAUCGCAUCUGCUCUGGGUGAAGUGUGUGAUGGGGCUGAUGCUGGCUGUACUGGUGCUAAUGGCGAGCCGGAGCGGUAAUUCGGGCAAUGUCCUAUCCAGCGUGUCCUCUAAAGCCACUGAUGCAUGGGAGACCCGAAAGCUACUGCAGUACUUUGCUAAUGAGACUGAAGUGCUGAAAAUGGAAAGGAACUGCACUCCACCAGGUGUUCAUGAGUUUCCUUCUGACAUCUUCACCAAAGAGGAGCGGAUGGAGGGAGCUGUGGCCGUGCACAUCAUAGCAGCCAUGUAUAUGUUCUUUGCCCUGGCACUAGUGUGUGAUGACUACUUUGUUCCCUCCCUGGAAAAGAUCUGUGAGCGCCUUCAUCUGAGUGAAGAUGUGGCUGGAGCGACGUUCAUGGCGGCUGGUAGCUCGGCUCCUGAACUCUUCACCUCUGUUAUAGGAGUGUUCAUCACCAAGGGAGAUGUGGGAGUUGGUACAAUCGUGGGUUCUGCCGUAUUUAACAUCCUGUGCAUCAUUGGAGUAUGUGGGAUCUUUGCUGGGCAGGCCGUGCGUCUCUCCUAUUGGACUCUAAUGAGAGACUCGGUGUACUACACGCUCUCAGUGACGACUCUCAUCGUGUUCAUCUAUGACGAGAAGGUUACAUGGUGGGAAUCACUUGUCCUGAUUUUGAUGUACCUGGUUUACAUUUUAAUAAUGAAAUGUAACUCACGUGUAGUGCGCUACUUAGAACGGAGGAAGAAGAAAUCCAUUAACCUGGGUAAUGGUACAACCAGCAACACAGAUCUUGAUGAUGGCUGUGAUGCUACAGCUGUUCUCCUCAAAAAAGCGAAUUUUCACAGGAAGCCAUCAGUACUAAUGGUGGACGAGUUGCUGUCUGCAUAUCCUCAUCAGCUUUCCUUUUCUGAGGCUGGCAUGAGAAUUAUGAUCACCAGUCACUUUUCCCCACGAACCCGCCUCACCAUGGCCUCCCGCAUGCUCAUCACAGAGAGGCAGCGGCUGAUAAAUGUCCAUUUGAAGAAUGGGGACUCAGACCUGGGUGUAAAACUUCCUGAAAAGCACGGAUUAGAAAAUGGCAUUGUUGGGGUGGAGCGGGGACUGAAUGCAUGGAGGAAUGGCCACCGUGAUGAUGAACUACAAAGGGCCGAUCCUGGAACCGACUCUGAGAAUGAGAAUGAAGACAAUGAGAACAAUGAGAAUGAUGAAGAAGAGGAAGAGGAUGAUGAGAAUGAAGGACCCCUUGUUCCAUUCCGCUGCCCAGGGGGCAUGUGCAAUAAGCUAAAGUGGCUGUUGGCAUGGCCAGUGAGUCUGGUGCUGUUCUUCACAGUACCCAACUGUGCCACGCCACGCUGGGAGCGCUGGUUCAUGGUCACUUUCAUCACGUCCACACUCUGGAUUGCUGGCUUUUCCUACAUCAUGGUGUGGAUGGUGACAAUUAUCGGUUACACUCUUGGCAUUCCAGAUGUCAUUAUGGGCAUUACAUUCUUGGCUGCAGGCACUAGCGUCCCUGACUGUAUGGCAAGUCUUAUAGUAGCACGACAAGGCCUGGGUGACAUGGCAGUUUCGAAUUCCAUUGGCAGUAAUGUGUUUGAUAUCCUUGUUGGACUGGGGCUGCCCUGGGCUAUUCAGACUCUGGCUAUUGACUAUGGCUCAACAAUUCAUCUGAAUAGCAGAGGCCUCAUUUUCUCAGUUGGACUGCUCUUAGCAUCUGUGUUUCUAACGGUUCUGGGUGUGCAUUUGAAUAAAUGGACCCUGGACAAACGUCUGGGCUUUGCAUGUCUACUGAUGUAUGCUGUUUUCCUGUGUUUCUCCAUCCUCAUCGAAUUUAACGUCUUUAUCUUUGUCAAUCUGCCUACUUGUCAAUGACACCAAUUUGAUUCAAAAACACUUUCUUUGGGUCAGUCCUUUGAGGACUUGACCACGGGUCCUUCAUCUGAAGAAGUAGUCCUUGAUCCUGUAGUUCCUUGUUUUUUGGAAUUCGGAUGGCAUCCUGGUCAGCAACUUCGGCCAGUUAAAAAGUGAAGAAGAGGACCGCAUGCACAUCAUGGAUCAGAUACAGACUUCUUGGACAGGACAGGAAGAUAAACAAAGAUAACUACUGCCUGGUUUGAUGUGAAAACAAAAUGAGGAUUUUACAUAUUUAUAUGAAUUGAAAAAACUGAAACAGAAAAAUUUAUUUUAUCUAUUACGUUUUGUGAUUAUGUUGCUUUAACUGGCUGCUAAACCGGCAGGGAAAAGGUUGGACUAAAUAUUUAUUAAAUUAUUAUAAAUAAUUAAAUUAUAAUAGAUGAUUAUUUUUGAAUGAUUUCUACAGACGUUAAUUAGGGACUAGCAAACGGUACUGGUGAACUGUCUGUUAAAUAAUCUUAUGGAUAGUGCUAGCAAAGUUGAUCAUGUGACUAGAAGUUAUCAUGGGCAUUACCCUCGACCAUGUAGUUCAGUCCAUCCUUACCCACUCUGUCUGGAUGCCAGAGACUGUUUAAAUAAAACAUUUUAAAUAUGGUUA